GGAAGGUACAGUUUCCCUUCUCUAAAUUGGUUUUCUUUAUAAUCUAUGGUGAAACCGCAUGGGUGCUUCUGGAUGUUUCUGGAUGGCAGUCUUCGCGCUCCGUGCUUUCCUCGACGCCUUCGCGUUGUUCCUGUGGCGUCGGCUAGCCUUCUUGUAUUUCCUUUGGAAGCCACUGUCUACAAUCCAAAUGAACGAGAUCACGGUCAACGUGCGCUUCUCAGCAGACCUUGUGAUCCCGCUGAACCUUGCGCGGGACGCGACCGUGAAAAACUUGAAGGAGAGGCUCGCUGAACGACUUUCGUUGCCUGUCGAAGAGAUUCGUAUGAUCUUCGCUGGCAAAGAACUGCUGGAUCAAGUCUUAAUUAAGGACUACAAUGUGGAGGAGCAGACAACGGUGCAUGCGGUGCGCUUGGCCGAUGGUGAGGCAUCCAUGAGUGCAAAGGUAUGCUGUCCCCUGGGUGAAGGAAUCAUCGCCUCACAGCUCACUGAAGAGGAGCAUCUGGCACGAAAAACAGAGGUGGACAAGGCUCUGUUUUUUGUCUACUGUAAGCAGCCAUGUGACCGUGUGCUGCCAGGCAAGCUCAGGGUCUGCUGUGCCACCUGUGGUGAAGGUUCCUUCAUUCUUCAAAAGGACCCAUCCUGCUGGCAGGAUGUACUUGAACCGGGCAGGCUGUCGGGGCAGUGCCAGGUCUGUCACGAGGUGCGGGCUGCGCGCUUCUUCUUCAAGUGCACAGGCACAGUGGGCUCACACGAUGAUCACGUGCCUAUCGUACUGCAGCUGAUACGCUACAACUACCUUCAGGUGCCUUGUCUGGCUUGCUUGGACAUCAGCCGGCUUGUGUUGGUGUUCAAGUGUGCGCACGUCAUCUGCCUGGACUGUUUUCGGACCUAUUGCCAGAGCCGACUUGACGAGCGUGGCUUUGUCCAGCACCCAAACUUGGGCUGGACGCUUCCCUGCCCUGUGAGCUGUGCACACUCGUUCAUCGAGGAGAGUCACCACUUCUGCCUUCUUGGAAGUGAACAGGAGACGGAGAACUUCAGGAGCGGCUUGCUUCGACCGUCCCCCCUUCGUGGCCCUGCAAAUGACGUCGAACACCGUGCGUCAGGAGGUUGUCGACCUUUUGUUUGAAAGUAACAAUAACUGUUCGUUCGACGGUUCUGAUGACGAAUGAAUUCAUUGCAAAUAAAUGCGUGUUCAUUCUUUGGCGGCUGUA